CAUGAGGUGUGCACAUUUAUUUCUGCCACCGCACCACAGCCAGCUGACUGCCAAGCACAACUAGGACCUGAAAAAAAGAAUCUAGGAGGUUCCACCAUCAAAAAUGACCUCGCAAGAAAGAGAACUCCGUUUUGUUACCUGGAACACUCGGGGUAUUAAGGACACAAGCAAAUUAUGCCAGAAGUAUUUACAGUGGUUGUGCACACUCAAAAAACUUGAAGCUGAUAUUGCCUUUAUACAAGAGACACAUAUUGGGCCAAAGGGUUACAAGAUGUUGGAGAUGGUUAAAAAGUCUGGCUGGAAAGUCUACUUCACCGUGUACAAACCUCGAAGCAAAGGAGUUGCAAUACUAAUAAGAAAUGAUGUACCAUUUGAGUACAUAUGCCAUGAUGAAGAUCACAGUGGAAGUUACAUUGUGCUCUUCUGCCAUCUAUAUGGUGAACUCUACACUCUUGUCAAUGUGUACAAUCAUAUAAAAGACAGAAAAGUCUUGUAUACAUUGAAAGAGUACUUACAGGAAACAGCUGAAGGGGUGCUGGUGGUUGGAGGGGACUUCAACAUAGUUUUGGAUUCAGACUUGGAUCGAAGAUCUUCUGCUGUGUGUACAGGGUCUUCAGCACUAAGAAUCAUUUUAGAGAACUUCAUUGCAUCUCUAAAUCUCAGAGAUGUUUGGGCACACUUACACUCCACAGACAGUGGCUUCACACGAAGUGAGAAAGACAGUUAUUCCAGGUUAGACAUGUUUUUCAUGCCAGGGAACACUGUGGGACGAGUGAGUAGUUGUGAGAUCUAUAAAACAACAAGCCACAGAGUUGACCAAAAGAAAAUCUCUGAUCAUGAACCUCUUGUCUUAACACUCAUAGUUCAGCAGCAGCCUGUAAAAAAAAUUCCAGAUGUCGCCUCAAUGGUGGUGGAAUUUGGAUACAAUGGAGAACCAGACAGGAGAUCAGGGAAAAUUAGUGGUGCAGAAAUACUGAGUGCUAUCAAGUCUUUGACUGAAUCUGGAGAACAAAGGCCAGAUAAUUUGACAGUGGAGCACUACAAAAAAUUUCGCUGUCCAAUGACAGAGGUCUUAAAGAUAAACUACAACCUGAUGAUAAAAAACAAAUGGAUACCUCCAAUCUUCAAAAAAUCUCAUCAAUCAAGAAAUGGACACAUCUUCAAUGUUGACUACUUGAUAUUCUCCUUAAUUUUGGCCCAGCGCCUUAAGGUGUUCAUUACCCCUUCCUUCAGGAAUCGGAAGAAAGCAAAGCGUGAUCUCAGUUUUAAGAUUACCUUUGCAAAUGUACCACAGAAAAUCAAGUGUUCCUUCCUAACGAGUAGCCUUGAGAAUCUUAAACCUAUACAUCCUGCCCCCCCACAAGACUUUAGCAUUCUGCAGAGUCUUCUUCGUGAAAGCAGGCGGUCUUCAGGUAAAUUCAGACGUUUGCGACAAAGUUGUCCUCUCACCAACCCCAUUCUCACUCUGGCACUUAACCAGCUGAAAGAUCAGAUUCUCAGACCUGACAGCACAGCCAGCAUUAGCCAUUAUAGACAUGUCCUGCUUAUAUGGACAGAAACAAACAGAAUUGGGACAGUUGUGAGGCUGGUGAAGCAAUUCAAGGAAGUUUCUGGGAUUAGACUAAAAAUGUCAUUGAACAAUGAUAUCUGUCCAUAAGACUCAGAUGCCUAUUUACAUUUAUAUUUAUUAUUUAUAAUAUACCUAUUUAAAUCUGUGCACAGAUUGGUGCAACUGUAGUAUAAUGUAAUGCAAUAAAUCUAUGCAAUAGUAGUACACUGUAAUGCCAUUACCCUUACUUGUGUAAAUAUUUGAAAACUGUAACAUCAUUCAG